UUUUUCCAAUUCAAUGAAUUAACUUUAAUUGAAAUAAUUAAGAAAGAAAAUGAUUUAACUGUGAUGGCGAAUUGAGACAAAAUCAAUUUUCUCAUUAUUGUUAUGAUAAAUUAUUGUUUUCGUCUUAAUAACGAUAAUGAUAGUGAAUUAAAGCUUCCGCCCAGUUGAUUGUUCCAAUUCUGUUCUUGAAAUUGAGGCUCUGGUGACACAAUGGAGUUUGAAGAUAAAACAAGAAGAUGAUGAGAAGAUUAAGAAAGAGAAGGAGAAUAAAAGAAAGAAGAGAGAAAGAGAGAGAAGAGAGAGAAUUGAAAUCGGGGGUGAGAACGAAAGAGAGAAAAGAUUUAUCUGAAUGAAUAAAGUUCUGUAUGUAACCGGUCUUGGCAUCGAUUCUAACUCAGAAUUUCUCAUUCUUUUUUUCUUCUCUUUAUUUUCUCUCUUUCUGCUCACUUUUCUCUCUAAUUUCAGCUCCCUCGGUUACCUGAUCUUCCAAAUGAACAGUCAAUCCAGUUUGUAACUUGAUUGUGUUGGAUUAACAUCAACACAACAACGAUUUCGUUCUCGUUGUGUUUAUGUAACUUUUUCUUUCAAAUUCUAAUCAAUGAUAAACAAUGUUCACAGUUUUCAAUCAAGGAUCAAUAUUGUUGUUACUAUUUGAAUUAACAUGGAAAACUCAUAUUACUUUCAACAGUUGGAAUUGAAUAAACAAGUGACCAUCAUCAUCAUCAUCCGAUCCUAAGACUGACCAUUACAAUGUAUUUCUAUUUUUAUAUCUAAUCAAUUAAGUUACAUUGUUUAUCUUAUCAACUUCAUAUUGAUUAGUUUUAUAAUUUUCUACAAUUAAAAACAACCAAUAUGAUGAUUAACUCAUUUUCCCAGCCAAGGAAUCAAAAGUUAACCUUUUGUGAUCGUUGUGAUGAAAAUGUUUCACUUUUUUAUUCAAAUUUCUGUCAACAAUGAGUUUAGAUUAUAAUUGUUGAUUAUCAUUUGUAAAUCCAUCAUCAUCAUCAUCAUCUUAAUCAUCUCCUCGAUUUGUAACCUUUCACCUCUAGUCUUCAUAUAAAUCAUAUUCUGGUUGUUUAUCCAUCAUAAAAGUGAACAGAAAAAGUUUCGGAUUUAACAUCAUCAAUCAACUAAUUGCUACAUCAACAUGGAUGCCACAGCCUAUGGUUGGUUAUCAAACUGUGCCUUUGCCCCGGCCAUUGGUGCCCUCACUGUGUGGAUAUUGUUUAUGUUUAAUAUUUAUCGUUCUGAAUGGAGAAAUGUUGAUAUUUUUCUGGUUCUAAUUACGAUUCAACAGUUACUUUCCUGUUCAUCCAUUUUCGCCUAUUCCCUUGUUAAUAUAAUUCGCUCCCGGGUCGAAACCUCAUGUAAUUUAACCGUAUGGUCAUUGACCACUUUACGAAUCUUCCAAUUGUCCACCAUAGGUUCGCUUGCUAUGGACAGAGCAUUGACCCUUAAAUGGCCUUACAAGUAUCGAUUUAGUGUUCGUUCAAAUCAAAUUUGUUACCAUAUUGUUGUGAUCGCCCUCAUGUCGGGCUUAGUUGGUGUUGCCGGUGUUUUUGCUCGAGUCUCACCAAUAUUUCAACAAUCAUCAUCUGUAACUUAUUCAUCCUCAUCUUCAUCGCCAUUGUCUUCAACUGUAUCAAUAGCAUCAACAACACCAAUACCAACAACAUCACCAUUGUCAAAUUAUCCUAAAAUUUUGACAACAACAACAACAAUGCCAAUCAAUUAUACUCAAUCAUCAUCAACUUUAAUCAUUCCCAUUAAUUCAUUGAUGAAUCAACAAGUUUGCAGUUUAAAUCCAUUAGCAUGGGACAUUAGGUUCAACCUUUUCUUUACUUGUCUCUGUGGUUUGAUCACUUUGAUUACUUUAUCAUCAUUUGUUUACAUUGAAUGUAACCGUGAUACAAAUGAUUCAAGUCGAUCGACACCAAAGUCCAAAAUGUUGCCAAAUUCCCGAAUCUCUUCAUUUGGUGACCUUGCAGUUGAAAACCUUGGUUCUAAUGAAGCGAUAACGACCAAUAACACCAAUACCAAUAAAUAUAAUAACCAUUCACCCGGUUCAUUGGGUGGUAAUGGCGGAAAUGGUAAUGGUGGUGUCGGUGUCGGUGUCGGUGUGGGUGUUGGCAUUAAUCCUGGAAACGGAAUAACCUCUGGAAGCCACAAUAGUUUACAAAGAUUUUACAGUAUUAGCAAAGAGGAUUCUCGUCUUCAUCCUUCAUCAAAUCAUCAUCAUCAACAACAACAACAUCUUCACAACCAUUCAAAACUCCACUCAAAUCAUUCAUUCAACAAACACCACAAUUAUCCUCAACAUCAUCCGCAUCCUCAUCAUGGUAAUAACAAUAUACUCAACCACAUCCGAUCAUCUGAUAUGAGAUGGGCUGUUGUUGUUGCCAUUACAAGUUUAAGCUACGCUGUUAAUCAAGGACCAUCACUGAUAUUCAUGUUCAUUGGGAUGAUUGUGCCCAAUUUUUGGACACCUCUUCAUGACAAUGUGAUCACUUGGUUUGCUUUAAUUGAAGGUUUCCUUUUGCCGAUAUCUUUAUAUUUAACUGAUGAUAAUUUUCGUGAUGCCGUUAAACUGUCCUUCCGUCGGUCAUCUGGUUCAUCUGGUUGUUUGACCUCAAGUGGAGGUGGAGGAUUAGCAAUUAAUCCAUCAUCAUCCUCAUGGUCGGAAAAAUAUGCUAAAUCAGGAUUAAUAAACUCUAAAUCACAUCAAGGGUUUGCCUUUCAUUAUAAUGAUUUCGUCCUAAUUGACAAACCUUACCUUGGAUUAAUGAAAUCCCCUGAGGCUAAACGGAGCCCAUCAACUUUAAAUUUGGUCACUUCAUCGACAUCUCGAAGCCCUUAUCCAGGUCGUCAUAAUCAAUCAUCAACUGAUAAUAGAUCACAAUCACAAUUACAUUUAAAUUCAAUUGUCGGUGGUGUUAAUAGACAUAAUCAUGGCUCAUCACUAUCGAUUAACGCUGUUGGUGCAGCAAUUACUAAAUCAUCUUCAUCAAUUGGUCUAUUUGCUAAUCAUCAUCAUUAUCAUCAACCUCAUCAUCUAAAGGGACAAUUAUCCAGAAAAACGUCACAUUUAUCAUCGUCCAACAAUUAUAUCACCGAAUUGUCAAAGAAGCAAACACAAUCGGGAUUAACUCAAUUCAAUCAAUAUCUAACAAAUAAUUCAACAAUUAACUCACAAUUAACUCGAUCUGAUGAUUCUAUCAAGAAGGAAAAAAUUCCCUCUUUGGCAAGAAUAUCACCAAUGACCUGGUCAGUUAAUGGCGACAAUUGGCAUUUCUCUUCAUCAUCGACCGUUGACCGGAAGAUGAUGGCCUCGACCAUGGAGUUGACCACUCCAAUCGGUGGUGGACAACAGGAUAAUCAAGAUGAUACUCUGAUAAUUAAUGAUGAUAAUGACAAAGGAAGAUUGAUUGGGAAGAGUAAAAAGUCUGAUGGUAAACGAAAAUCAAACGAAGUGAAAGAUUUUAACAAAAAAGAGAAACAAUUAAACAAUUUAAUCAACCAUUCUAAUCGUUUCAACAAUCAAGAUGAUGAUGAUAUUAUCGAUGAUGAUGAGCAUAUUUAUGCAACACUUAAGGUCAGAUCAGUUGGUGAUUCUAAUUCUGAUUAUGGUCGAUGUAAAGAUGCAAUUAAAUCAUCGUCUCAACAACCACAAUUAAGGAAACCAGAAAAUUCAGUUAAUUUUGAUGAUGAUGCUUCAAUUUCACAAUUAUCAUUCACAACCAAUGCUAAUGAUGAUUUUGAAUUUCAUGAUACAAGAGAAUCUGGUUCAGCAAUUUAUACUAAAUCAGAUAAUCUUGGUAAUUGUCCAGCUAAUGGUAAACAAUUAGGGGACGUUGAAAGUGGUGAAUCAACUUCAUCAGGUGAAGAUGUUUCAAUAAUUACAAGUGAUUCUUGUUCAACAAGUGACUCCGAAAGUGACAAUCAACCAACAACAUCCAACCAAAAAUCGCAAUUAAAUCAAAAAUCAUCUGUUAAUUAUAUGUCUCAUCAACAAUUGUAUCCAUCCCGUGGUAAUCACUAUCAUCUGCAACCAAAUCGUCAUCAUUAUUCAUCACAAUUAGCAUUAACACCUAAUCAUCUUCAUCUUAAUCAUCUUCAAAUGGAGAAAGGAAACUUUUAUGUUUCCAAAACUGCCAAUCUAAUUGCAGCCAAUCCAAUUUUAGGAGGAUUAAUUAAUCGUAAUAAGUCACGAUCAUCGUCCCAAAUUGUUAAUCCAAAUAAUAUUCUUAAUGGUAACAAUCAGUUAGGAGGAGGAAUAGGAGAGGAGAAACGCCGAGGGUGGCAGUUUUUUUCCGCCAGUGAUUUGCAUCUAUUGGACACUAAUAAUGGACAAUCAGUUAAUCAAUUACCAACUUCGUCGACAUCAGUAAUUAAGGAAAAUCUUCCUUCGUCCAAACAACAGGACUCACAUUUUAUCAAUCCAUUGAGUAAUCAUUACUAUUAUAAUGGGAAGGAUAAAUUGGCCAGUGGUCAAGUUACUGGUCCUAGUAAAGGAGUAAUUGGCUCACGAAGGUCAAUGAGUGAGACUAAUUUAUCACCAGGACGGACAAUUAGUCAAUUUAUUCAACAACAGCAACAAUCAAUUUAUGGUUCAAGAGAUGCUGGAUUAUAUCAUUUGAACAGAUCGACUCAUAAUAGGAUUCAUUUACCAUUUGACCCUAAUUAUCCCGCUCAUAUUAAUCAUAAUCAGCAACAUGAUACUAAUUCAAGUGACAGUACAAAUUCAAGUGGCAGUAGUUUUGGACCUGGUGAUCGUGUUAAUCGUAAACGAUUUGCUAAUUUAAUUACUGGUGGUGAGGCUUCUGAUCGUCGGUUAGAACGGAUUAGUAGCUUUUCAAAAAAUCGACCUCGAAUUCGAGCUCAAAAGUAUCAAUUAAAUCGUCGAGCAGCGGCAACUGCGGCCAAAAGACAGGAAUCAAUUAAAGAGCUAUCGGUUGAUUAUCGACGUAAUUGUGUUGGUUCACGUUUAUCACUCACCCAACAGGAUUUAAUUAGUGGACCAAGUGAACAAUUAGGAGCUUUUGUCAGUGUCAAAUCAAUGCCCGAUUUAACAAUCAACAGUUACCUGCCAAUUUACAAUCAAUUGUCGUCAAUUAACAAGCAUUAAAGUUUUUUCUGUCACCCAACAAGAUCGACAAUCAAUCGGAUUUGAUUUUAAUCAUCAACAAUACAAUUUAAAUUGUCGCCAUUUUGUUUGAUUCCAGUUUUUUGUUUAUCCUCAUUGAUUCAACGAUAUUACCAAAUGCAUCCUAAUAAUUAUUAAGGAUACGAAUUAAUUGAACUACUCUCAUAUUGGAUAAGUCAAUUUGUGCCAAUUAAUCCAAUGAUAAAUUAUAAUUGUAAUGUCACCAUUUACAUAACAAUCAACUGAUUUUCAGAGACCCAAAUGAGUUUAACCCAUUCGGUUGUCAUUUUGAACACUUAAAAUUUGAAUUGCACUUUGUUUAUAUUGUAAUAUGAAUUUUUUAUACUAUUUUUGUGUUUAUUUAACAUUAUUAGUCCAACAAUAUAAUUAAAAUAAAGUUACAAUUUAUUUGGA